CCGAAAGCUAGUUCUCCCGAAACAAUGGAAAGCCACGCUGACCCAAGGGACACACCCUCGAUCCACGCCCCCUCACGGAUCACGGAUUUCGCCAUGGACGACCAACUUCUCUCGGCGUGCCACGGUAACUCCGGAACUUUGGCCACCUUCGAUAAAUACCAUAACCAACCACUGGGACCCCCUUAAGCCAGACAACCAGGAUCUGAAGCACCUUCCAACUUCCCUCCCAAGAGUAGCGAAUCCGUUAUCUAACGGAGUAGGGUGGUCAAGAUGCAUCCCAAUUCUUCAGCGACAGUAGCGAGCCCAUAGCAACUUGGGGUAUGCGACCCCUCUAUCGGGGUUCAUCUGCCACCAAGACGCGGCAUGCGACCCGAUCUCGGAGAACCACCAUCAACGUACAGCUGAGGGUCAGACCGGAUUUGGGUUUCCA